AUGAACGCCACAAAGUACAUCAAGAAAGAAGCUAUGCGCAAAUCCUGGCUCCCAUCAUUUAUGAGCAACAGUCCUAGCGCAGCACCGCAACAGGCUGCUGAUGAUGACGACUGGUCCGACGUCGCGUCAGUCGACGAAAGCCUCGGUGGCUCCAAGGGGAGCAACAGGUUGAGCGACGGUAGCAUCGAUGCGGAGACCAAGGCCAGGACAUCAUCGAACAUACCUAGUAUCUUCAGCACCGCUCUCCCCCCUUGUGGCAUGCAUCCUCAAUGUGCAUUCGAAAACGUAAACAACCGUCUCCGCAAGCUCUGGCUCCGACAGUCCCAUAAUAACCCUGCUAUCAAUAUGUCCACCGUAGACAUCUGUAAGCUAGUGCACGAUGAACUAGAAGCAGAAGACAAAGAAUUUCCGCAAGGUACCCUGACACUCGCCAAAUCGCGUCGACCUUGGCGUCUGGAAAGCGUCUUCAAAUACGAAUUGCUUUGGUCAAAGUGGUUCAUCCGCGAGGCAGAGAUCCAGGAGCGGCUGUCUGGCAUGGAUUCAGGGGAACGCGAGAUUCAGAACUUAAUGGAUAGAAUGUAUCCUAUGCCGAAAGAGCUGUGCUUCGUCAAAAAUAGGGCCAAUAAGAAGGGCAUACACGCACUAUGGUUGGCUUGGGCUCGUGGCAAGCGUGGGUGGCUACCGCUUGAUGAGUCGCUUGAUCUACCCCUCACAAUGGAGAAUGUGUCGCUGGGAGGGACUGUCAGGGAGCCAUGGGCAGAUAUGGACCAUUCUUGUCAUGGCUCAGAGAACAGCCAGAUUUUGGAACCAGCACUUGCCACCGAUGCGCGAGAGAUGUAG